UAGUGAGAAACUUAUUAAAAACAUAUAUAAAUAAAUAAUGGCUCAAGUCGAGUUCUUGGAUACAAUUUUGAAAGAAUAUUUAAUAUUUCGUGGAUUCUCGAAUACACUUAAAGCUUUAGAUGCUGAUCUUAAAUCAGAUAAAGAUUUUGGUUUUCGCGCAGAAAAGAUUAUGGAGCAAUUUAAUCAGUAUAUUGUAGCAGGUGACCUACAAGGGCUUACCACUUUGUGGGGACAUUUGGACAACUUUUUGUUUACUAAAUUGGAGCAUACAUAUUUGCAAUCUGUAAAGAAAUUUGAAAGUAGUUUAUAUAAACUGUAUUUAAUAACGGCUCAUACCAACAACAAACCCGACAAAAUAAAAGAAUUCUUUUCUAAAAUGUCGGAUGAAUUACACCAGCAAAGCGAAUGGAAGGAAUGGUUUUAUUUUCCAUUUUGUACGAACCCAGAAGAAUCCCCUGUUUUUUCUCCUUUCUUUACUAAACAAUGGCAAGAUACUUUUCAAAUCUCAUUAAGAAAUUUUUUGUCUAUGAUAUAUCAAUGUAUGCCAAAACCUACGUUCGUAUACGCAGAACACGAAGCAAUGUUAUUAAAACAUCUACAAGAAGAAAAUGCCACAUUAAAAGCACGUAUACAACAAAUGCAACAGCAACAACAGUCGACAGCAAGCGGUAGUAAUCCAAAUCUUAAUGCCACAAGUGAUAUCGCAACACGUAAACGUACAACAUCUACAAAUCCACAAACUUUAGAUGACAUACCUGUUGAAAUUAGACCACCAAGUCCAUUGCUUGAUGAUUUCUACGUUAUAGCAACAGAGGUUAAUAAUAUGAGACGGAAGGCUGAAGUACAAGCUCGAGGCAUAAGAAUGCUACUACGAGGUAUGGGUGCGGAUGAUUCACUAGAUACUAAACGUAAAGACAAAAGUGAUAAAAAGGAUAAACGCCGCUCAGGAAGCGCAGGCAGAAGUUGGAUGUAAUAAAGUUUGUUUUAAAUAUUUCUAUAGUGUAUGAGGUUAAGUAAUGUAAACGGAGCUGUUAUCUGUUCAUAAUCUAUAAAUAAUUAUGUAUUAAAUUUUUAACUGUCACAUUAAUAUCUUUACA